AAUACAUUUAAAAAUAUUUUAAGUAAAUAAUCUUAAACCGGAAAUUUCUGUAUAUGCGCGAGCACAUUUCGUUUCCAAAGCAGGAUUUUGAGGACGGUUUUCUUGAAAUUUGACUGAAAAUGGAAUGCUCAAUCAUUUUUGUUGUCGUGAUAUUACUUCAUGUUAGAAUUGUUCAAGGUCAAGAUGAGGUCUGUAAUAAAGAUGGCGAUUGUCCGAGCGAUGUAGACAAUUCCGUGCUUGUGGCUGCGUUUGAUUUUGGGACAACAUACAGUGGCUAUGCAUUUUCUUUCCGGGAUAAACCUAUGGAUAUCCAAGCAAGUCAAGAUUGGACUUAUGGAUAUCGUGUGCCAAGCAAGACAGCAACUAGUGUGCUUCUCACUCCUAGUAAAGAAUUCCAUUCAUUUGGGUUCGAGGCUGAAGAUAAAUAUCUAGGUCUAACCGAGGAAGACACACAUAAGGGCUGGCUUCUUUUUAGAAGAUUCAAGAUGAUUCUUCACAAUAAGAAGGACUUAUCACGAAAGACGACUGUAAAAGACAUAAAUGGUGUGUCAAUGCCUGCCAUGACGAUCUUUGCCAUGUCAAUUCGCUUCCUUAGAAACCACCUGUUGAAACGCCUGGAAAAAGAAGAGCCAUGGGUCAAAGAGAGUGAUAUAAAGUAUAUAUUGACAGUGCCUGCUAUAUGGAAAGAAAACGCCAAACAAUUCAUGCGUGAAGCAGCGGUUGAGGCUGGCAUAAAAAGUUCCAAUCUGAAACUAGCAUUAGAGCCUGAGGCCGCGUCUAUUUGGUGUCAAAUUGCAACAGAUGAGGCAAGGACUAUGUUAUCUAAAGCAGGGACACAGUAUAUGGUGAUUGACCUUGGAGGUGGCACUGGAGAUAUAUCUGUACAUGAAAAGCAAAUUGAUGGUUCAUUAAAAGAGAUACACAAGCCUAGUGGAGGAUCGUUUGGUGGAACUCAAGUUGACGACAACUUCUUGCAAUGGCUUACUAAAUUAUUUGGCAAGUCUACCAUGGAAAAAUUCAAAGAAGAGGAAAUGGAGGCUUACUUCAAUUUACUUCGAAAUUUCGAGUUAAAGAAAAGACAAAUGCGACCAGACGUCAGUGGUAAAAUAACGUUUAAUGCAGGUCUAUAUAGUCUUUUAGAAUUUUAUAAACGGAACAGUGACAUGUCAAUCGAGGAAAAGAUUGCUACUCUCGGACUUAAACAUAAACUGAAACUUUAUCCUGACAAGCUUAGAGUAGACGCUUCUAUAAUAAGAGAAUGGUUUGAAUCGCCAAUACGAAAGAUGAUGUCACAUGUAAAAGACAUUCUUGCUGAGCAAAAGAUGAAAAAUGUUAAAACUAUUCUAUUAGUCGGAGGGUUUGGUGAAAGUGACAUAGUUUAUGAAGCGAUGAAAACAAACUUUGAAAACACCCACACAGUCAUAAGGCCGCAUGAAGCAAGUUUAGCUGUCCUAAAAGGAGCAGUAAGAUUUGGUCAUAUUCCAGAUAUAAUUAAGUACAGAAUCAUGACCGCUACAUAUGGCAUAAGUGUGAUGAAUUGUUUUGAUAAGGGUAAACAUCCUGUUUCAAAAAAAAUAAUGCUGAAUAACAAAGCAAAGGUUGACAAUAUAUUUCACAUUUUGUUCGCAAAGACGAAACUAUUAAAUUAGGCAAAGAAAUUCGCGACGACUUUACUCCAAAUGAUCUUCAAAAAUCAAGUGUAUCUAUAUAUAAAUCAACAAAACGUGAUCCGGAAUAUGUAACAGAUGAAGGGUGUACAAAACUUGGUGCACUAACUAUCGAUCAUCCAGAGGGAAAAACGCUCGAAGAUAAGAAAUUAGACAUCACAUUUGUGUUCGGUGACACCGAGCUAUUUGUCAAAGUAAAGAUUAAAAAGACAGGGCGAGAAUUUUCUAAGUAUGUUGAUUGUUUAGAACAGUGACAUAUCUAACGUAUGUAAACGUGUGUCCUUACAUGAACUAUUCUUUUUAUAACUUUAUUAUAUUUCACACUGUAAUAUAUGAUUUAAGGAAUCGAUUUUACUAACUUUUUUAUUGACAAAGUAGAUAUAUUUACCGUCUAUAAGGGCUUCGGAAAUAAAAUGAUUUCUCCUUCUUUAGAAAGGGGAAACAUUAGUUUUAAAACGUUUAAAUAUUGAUUUUAGAGCAUGCUAGAUUUUUUCACCUGAAAAUGAAGUGUUGAAAGUUAAAAGAAAAAUAUAAACAAAUAGUAUUUUGACGUCCAUACAAAAUUCUAAAUCUCUAUAGCUCUAGUAAUUGGCAAAAGGCAACAGAAGCAAAAUACGGUUUAGGAAAUUGCCCCUGAGUAACUUUUUAGAAACUAUAACAGGACACAAUGAUAUAUGCAUACGUAUAUCUUGUUAUACAUUGGAUGCGAGUGACAUUAUGCCCAUUCAUGGUUCUAUAGUCAGUUAACAGGUGAAAGUAAAAUAAGUUCACAUUUUGCCAUAAUUUCUUUCAAUUUUAUAACUUACUUUGCGCGACCGAUAAAAAAACCCACGUGGCCCAAGAAAAUUUCUAUUAUAUCUACUGGAAUUUACCUGUAACAUUUAAGUAACAACACGAGUAGGGCAGCCUUUUUAUAUAAUAUUUUAAGCAGAUUUAUAUUUUGUCUUAAACAUUUUCCAAUUAUAUUCAACUGUUUGUCAAUCACAGUUCAAAUAGUCAAUCUUUUGAAAUGAGUAGUCAAUUCAGCACAAAGUAUAAAAAUAUAUAUUCAGAUUCAUUUGACUUCAAUUUUGUUAAUCACAAUAUACAUGUAUUAUGAUAUUUUUUCAUAUAAAAUAGUAUCGCAUUGUAUCGCAUUUUUAUAUAUCGUUGAAUUGUUUUGUUAUUAUAAUAUUUUUGUUGUUUAUAUAUAGUGAAACCCUAUACUACGACCGCCAAUUGAUCUUAGUCAAAAUGGUCUUAGUUGUGUUGUUUUCAAUAAAUUAUUUAAACCUAAAUGGCGAUCGUAAAAAGGUGUGUAAAUUUGAUUGCCAAUGGUCUUUUUACCGGAGUAAAAUGGAAAUUGGGACCUACACCACUGAAAUAAAAAAGAAUGGAAAUUCGGUUCAAUGUCUGAGGAAGCGUGUCCACAGCUUUGCACUUUUUGUUAAUAAAUAUGUAUCAUUAUUGAUGGUCUAUUAAGACUAUCAAUGGGUCUAAAUCAAAAUGGUCAUAGUGUGUUGCUUUCAAUCAAUUAUUUAAAUCAAAAUUGUGGUCGAAAAUGGGUGUGUUGAUUUGAGUGUCAGUGGUCUUUCUUACUGAAGUAAAAUAGGAAAUGGGACUGAAACGUCUGAAAUAAUGAAAUAGAAUUUUGGUUCUUUUAAUUUUGGUAUGGCCUUAGGAAGAGUUUCUUUGUAUAGAUUUAUAUUAAACUGUUUUGUUUUGUUUUUGUUUGUGAUUCAGGACGUAUUUUAACAUGAGGUUUAUGAAAUGAUUCGUUUUUGUCAUUCAAGGCGUAAUUGAACACGAGACUUAAAAACUGCAUUAAGUUUGUUAUUUUUGACGAAUUUCAACAAGAUUUAUAAACUAAAUACUUUUUGUAAUUAAGGACGUAUUUCGACUUUUUUAAAACGGAAUUGUUUAUGUCGUUCGGGUCGUAUUAAAAAAAAACAGAUAGUUAUUUGGGUUUUUUUUUUUGUUUUUUUUUUUUUGUCAUCUUGGACGUUUUUGUUACACGAGGUUUUAAAGCUGCACUGUUUUUGUUAUUUAUAACGUAUCUUGGCAUUAAAGAUCCUGUAACACAAUUUUUUUAUGGUUUUAUAUCACAAAUAUGAUGCUUAAAGGGACUCCACUGAGGGUUUUUGACAUGAUGGGAAUGAAUUUUUUUUUCCAGAUAAAUGUACCAUUUGAUGUAGGUUUAGACCAUUAAUCUUAAUGCAAAUUUUCAGAUCAUUUGAGCAUUUCGUUUUUCCAGAAUAAUUGUUCAAAUUGUAAAAAAAUGACACAAAAUGAAAAGCGUUUAAACGCUUUUCACUAAACUCUGGUUAAGAAAGGCAUAAAAAUAUGAUUUUCAAUUUGUUUCAAAGUAUAUUUCUUAACUAUCUUCGCAUAUAUUUCUGUUCAAAAUGCCCCAGCUCAUUCAUGUAAGAAAUUCAAAUGUUAUGUUUUUAAGCUUUUAAACCUCAGUGGAGUCCCUUUAAACUAAGAUUUAUCAAUUUUGUAGGUUCCAAAAAGCAUUAUUUAUAAAGAUAUAACCGAAUUUAAAAUUUCAUGUAGAUAAAGGGAGGUAAUAAAAAUUUUAUUUUCUAUAAAGUCGAAGUCAAAUUUUUUAAUUAGAACUGAAUACAUAUGUAUUAAUGAUUACAUAUAAUAUGUACAACUAUUUUCAUUACAUAUUUUACAUAUUCUUCUAUGUUUAUAAAUUGUUUUAUAAGCAUAAUUAUAUACAUAUACAGAUUUAUAAACUAAAAUCUAAAAAAGUGUCAUUUAGAACGUACGUAUUUCAAUAUAAGAUUAGAAAGUUUUUUUUUUUUGUUUUUUUUUU